UUCUUCUUCCUCCCGCCAGGGGCGGCUCGCACCGAGCCAACAGAGUCCACUUAUAGCGGGGCCCGCACAGUCUGGAGCUGGGCUGCGGCCACCGGGACUGAGACAGCUUUCCAUGGACAAUUCUGAAGAUGACCCGACCAUAUUUAGUACGCACUGUAUGCCCAGUGACCCCAGGUUCUGGGCCACAGUAACCAACUCGUACCUGGGUACACGUGUAUAUCAUGACACCAUACACGUAAACGGUGUGUACAAUGGAGCUGGAGGGCACACUCACCGGGCAAUUCUGCCCAGCCCCCUCAAUGUCCAGCUGGAGGCGCCUGCAGGAACAAAACCACUGACUGAGACCUUUACCCUGGAUACUAACACAGGUUCCUUCCUGCACACCCUGGAAGGCGCUGGCUUCCGGGCUUCCCAAUGCAUCUAUGCUCACCGUGUGUUACCCCAUGUCCUGGCCUUCAGCGUGUCCAUUGAACGCUUGACUACAGGCAACAAGCCCAUCACAGUGUUGCUACCGUCAUCCUUCUCCCCAGAAAGCCCAGACUUGGGCCUGCAAGUAGGGCCUGACUUCCAGGGAGCCCGGUACCUACAUGGGCACACACUCACCCCUGAGCAGCCAGGAGAGCCACAGCAGGAAGUACACAUGUUGUGGAUACCAGUGCCCCCAGCCUUGACACUUGGGGAAGACGAACAGGACAGGACCUGGGACUUUCUGACUGUGGUUGGUGGCAGCCAGUCUGAGGCCCAGGGCUGCUUUGCUGAGGCCCUGCAGCUGCAAACCAGGGGUGAUCUGUAUACAGUCCAUGCAGACACUUGGGUCCAGCUCUGGGCAGGCUGUGGCCUGGAUGUGACUGGGCCCUUGGCCCUGCGCCAAGCCCUUCGUGGUUCUCUCUACUACCUGCUCAGUGAGCUUCCCCAGCCCGGCACCAAAGGAUUCAUCAACCAUGGGCUUAGCCCUGGAGGCCUCGCUAAUGGGAGUCAGGAGGAGUGCUACUGGGGCCAUAUAUUCUGGGAUCAG